ACAAAUUAAGCCUAACUUUUGUCCUCUGAGGAAUGUCCCUCCCCUUAAGGCCAAUCCUAUAUGUGUUCCUGGUUUUAGAGAGGCCAGAGAAAUGGAGCUGCGGGAGAAGGGUGGCGUGGAAGAUGGGGGCGGGGGGCUCUAAGUCCACUUGGCCACUUUGGGCUGGAGUGAUCUGACCUGUCCUGGAGCUCCAUCCACUAUGAAAAUAUCAUGCAUUCUUUUGGGAAACAUCUAUGAGAAGAGCAGCAGGUGGAUCUGCAAAGAAAGUCGGGAGCCAGGUUGUGUGGAAACCCCUAAAAACCCAUGUUUCUCUCUAGGUACAUGGGAGAGAUCCCAUGGAAACACAGAACAACACAUGGGUGUCAGAGUUUGUCCUCUUAGGGUUCUCACAGACACAGGAGCUCCAGAAACUCCUAUUCCUGGUGUUUCUGUUUGUCUAUGUCACCACUGUCGUGGGAAACCUCCUCAUCAUGGUCACAGUGACCUUUGACUCCCGGCUCCACACCCCCAUGUACUUUCUGCUUCGAAAUCUGGCUGUCAUAGACCUUUGUUAUUCCACAGUCACUUCUCCAAAGAUGCUUGUGGACUUCUUUCAUGAGACUAAGACCAUCUCCUACCAGGGCUGCAUGGCCCAGAUCUUCUUCUUCCAUCUCUUAGGAGGUGGAACAGUCUUCUUUCUCUCGGUGAUGGCUUAUGAUCGCUACAUAGCCAUUUCCCGGCCCCUUCACUAUGUCACCAUCAUGAAUACUAGAUUGUGUGUGGGGCUCGUGGUGGCUGCCUGGGCAGGGGGCUUUGUCCACUCCAUUGUGCAGCUGGCUCUGAUGCUCCCAUUGCCCUUUUGUGGGCCCAAUGUCCUGGAUAACUUCUUCUGUGAUGUUCCGCAAGUGCUGAGACUUGCCUGCACUGACACCUCCCUCCUAGAGUUCCUCAUGAUCUCCAACAGUGGAAUGCUGGUUCUUAUCUGGUUCCUGCUCCUUCUGGUCUCUUACACAGUCAUCCUGCUGAUGCUGAGGUCGCACUCAGGGCAGGCCAGGAGGAAGGCAGCUUCCACCUGCACCACCCACAUCAUCGUGGUGUCUAUGAUCUUCAUUCCCUGUAUCUACAUCUACUCCCGGCCCUUCACCCCCUUCCCCAUGGACAAGGCUGUGUCCAUCAGCUACACAGUCCUGACCCCCAUGCUCAACCCCAUGAUCUACACCCUGAGGAACCAGGACAUGCAGGCAGCCAUGAAGAAGUUAGGCAAGCGCCUAGUGAUCUGCAACAGGGAGUGAACUUUAAAUAGGUCACCUUUAAAUGACAAACUUCUGUCUAAGCUUUCAUUUUCACAUGUGAAAGCAGAAGUCUUUAUGGAGUAUGACAAUUAGUAUUAAAUUAAUAUUUCUAUGGACCGACUCCUGUGUCAGAUAAUGUGGUGGGCACUUUUAUCUCAUUUUCAGAAAACUGACAAUGCAUAUAUUAUUCUUAUAUUAAACAGUUUGACAAAUGAGGAGACUCAGAGGGAAAUGACUUGCUCCAUAACGGGCAGUGAGGGAAUGGCAGACGUUGGCCAAGCACGGGUUUCCUCUGACUCCAAGGUUACAGGCAGAAGAUGUGGGUGGGCCUGGAAACUCAGGGUCUCCCACACUUGCAAGGGAAAACCUGAGGGUGCCUCAUCUAUGGGUCAAUAUAUCUGUGAUAAAUGGUCAACAGUUUCAUCUUAACUCUGGAACAAUCACAUUCUUUUCUGCUCUCUGGGUCUCUGCCUAAUCACCCACUGUGGUAUAUAAGAAGUCAUCUCCCUUUUAACAUUGUAUAAAUAUUAUUUCCCAUAAGCACAUUUACCCAUUGCAUGCUUUCUACUACCAAACACUCCUUGGAUAGGCUGUGAACUGCUGUACUUUCCCAACACAGUCUUUACAUCACUUGGAAGACAUGGCUGAGAGGAGGAGUAUGUAGGAUGGUUGGGGAACCAAGUUCAGAGAAGGCAGGCCACAUCUAUUAGUGUCCCAGAUCUGGUCAUGAGUUCAGUUCCAAGGCCAACCCCUCAUGGGUGUUCCCUCUGACUUCUGCCCUGGAAUGAGAACCCCUUGAGGGUAGAGGCUGUGCUUUAGUCACCUGUAAAUAGUCCCAGCACCUUGACCAGUGCUUUACAUGGAGAGGCAUUUCUGCUUUCCCUGCAUCUUGUUCUUUCCCUGUCAAUUUCAGAACCUAGUUUUUAUUUCUGUCACUAUCAUAUUUCUGUUUAUUCUCUCCAUCUCCUUUGAAGUACGUCUCCCUUAGUUAAAGUCUUUGGCCUUGUCUAAUGUUUAUUCAAAUAUAAGAAGAUAGUGUACAAGCUUUUUAUUUCUUCUUCCCUUCUAGCAACCAUCCCACACAAAAAAUAAGUCUUUUGGGGUUCUCUCUAAGCCAUCGUUGCAACUCUGACUUUAACUUUCCUGUUCUCAUUUCACACUUUCUCCCUGUUCACAAUGGACCUAUGGAGGUGAGGGGAGAGGAAAUGACUUACUGUCCUAUUUCAUCUGUGUGGUCCCUCAGAAAGCUUUUCCUCCUUUUACAUGAAAUUCCUUUAAGUGACUGAUGAUACUCUUCCCAUCCUCCAAAUUAUCUGUUCUCCAGGUACAACAUCUGCUAAUUACAAUCUACACUGUUGACCCAAAGGGAAGAAAUGUGAGAAAAAUGUCCUCAGAUAUAUUGUACACGUGUUAAUUCCACAAGAUGAGGUGCUUGAUUCUUCACUGAAUUUGUUGAGAAAUACCCCAUUUAAAUGAAUACAGCUGUAUCCAUGAAAGUUUAUACCUUUAAGACAUCUUUUACUGAAGCUAUGCUGUUUUUACAACGUAAAUUUGACUCAAAUCUAAAUUUAUUAACCCUAAAUGGGUUGUUGCAAUGUCUUCCACUAUAAAGACUUUAGAAGGGAAAAAAAUGUUCAUAAAAUGGCUUACCUUAAAAAAUAUCCCCAGUGCUCUGAUGCUGUCUUCAGUAGUGUAGUGGGACAACAAUAGACUCUGAGGCCAUGGGGUUCCAGUUCAGGCUCUAACUCCUGUUGGUUGUAUUCCUUUCGGACAUCAAUGAACCUCUACUUCUUUAGCUGUGAAAUUUCCAUAAUGCCUCACGGUGUUGUGCGGAUCAGUGGCAUGAUUGCAAAACAUCCAGCACAGUCCCUGGCACAUAGUAGUUGCUCAGUUAAUGUUAGUCCUUUCACAUAUUCCCAUUUACCAUCAU